UCUAUGGUGCCGGCGGUACCGGCCAUGGGAGCCGAGCGGGAGGCGCGGGCCUGCGCUGCUUUCUACGGGGCGCUGGGCAUCGCCCAGCCGGUGCUCUCCUGCCUGCGCUGCCUGCGGCAAUUCGCGGGAAGUACUGCCAAGAGAUGCAAAGACAAGCACCUGGAGGAGGCUCUCCUGCUGUCGCGGGCGCUGAGCGAGGGUCUGCGGGUGCUGGGCGAGGCAGAGGCACAGCCCCUGCUUCGCUGUGUCCUGGCUUUCCAGCUGGAGGCAACCGGCAGCUCCAGCUCCUUUCAGAAACUGGAACAGAUCGUGACCCAGCUGGCGGUGGGGAAGGAAGCGCUGCUGGCCCGGGAGGUGGGCGCGCUGCUGGCCGGCCUGGCGCUGCAGGGAGAGGUGCUGUCUCCUGGGGACCUUCAGUCAGUUUGCAUGUUCAUGGAGGAGAGCAGCCUGGGCCGGCAGCACUGGCAGCAGAACCUGGCCCCGCUGCUGCAGCGCCUGGCCACCACCUUGUCCUGGGUGCUGCAGAGCCAGCCCGCACCCGGCGGCACGUGGGGCUACCUGGCUGUCAAGGCCUGCCUCCAGCUCUUCCAGGCGCUGCCGAAGGAUGUGGCCCCCUUGGUGUGGAGCACAGCGGGGAGGAGUGAAGCCUUGCAGAGCCUCUUAGGGCUGCUGCUGGAGGUGGCUUGGGGGAGGGCCCCGAACAAGGACACGAGGCUGCUGGCGGGCACGGCCCUGAGCAUGCUGGUGAACACGGCCCCACAGCCUGAGCGCGGGGCCAGCGCCAUGCUGGCUCUCUUCCAGCUCCCCAACCGAGGUGUGGGGGAGCUGAAGUUUGGGGAGCUGGUGGUGGAGGACCCCCCCGUCCUAGAGCCAGAUGGGCUGGAGAAGCUGGUACUCACCAGAGGCUUGCUGACAUGCUGCAGGACAGACAUCCUCAGCUGCCACCUGGAGAGCUUCACCCACAAGGCCUGCCUGCUGCUGGACGUGGUCUUUCCCACUGUGCGUGCCCUGACCAAGGAGCAGAAGGACUGCCACUACUACUGCUUCCAAGCUUGUGCCCUGUGGCUGCAGCGCCUGCGGGAGAGCCUGCCUGCUGUCUGGCUGCCUGACCGGGACCCGCAUCCUGGCCCGGGACACCGAGCUGCUCCGGCAGCUCACCCAGCUGGUGUGGGAUAACGCCGAGACCCCGGUGGAAGGGGUGUCCGAGUUCAUCCACAGCUCCUUCCGACUGCUCCUGGAGAUCUACCACCUUGAGUGCCAGCACUUCCAG